CCACGACCCCGGCUUUGAAUGUACGACUGCUAAACCCAGGCUCUCAGAAGGGCACUGGAGGUUUCUUCGGUGACAAAUGCCAGGCAACGUGGAUGGUUCCAUAGAUGCGGGACUACCUCCCGACGACCAGGAACACUUCUACUCCGUCCUCAAUCUUCCCAAGACUGCUUCCGAUCAGGAGAUUCGCGAACGCUACAGGCAGCUAUCAAUUGUAUUCCAUCCGGACAAGCAGGUCGACGAACGUCGUAAAGAAGCAGCUACACAACGUUUUCUUGAGGUGCAGAAGGCGUAUGAAGUCCUGUCCGACCCAGUCACGCGGCGUGCAUAUGACAUUCUAGGCCCGGAAGGCUUGCAGCUCCUCCAAUCCGCGGAUUUCAAGCACGUCGCAGAAGAGGAAUUUGAAGACGCGCUGCGGCGGCAGCAGCGCGAGCAGGCAAGACUGCGCGUUGAGCAAGCUGUGCAUCCCAGGGGUAACAUCACGAUUGGGUUCGACGCGUCGUCUUUGUUCGACGAUGAAUAUGAAGCUGCAGACGGCUCGCUGGUGUCGCCGUGGCAGAACUUCCUCUUCGCACUACAUGACGUGAGGAAGAACAAGUUUUCCGUGAGGCACCGCAUCCAGACAGAAGUCAGCAAAAAGACAUGGCUGGUGCUGGCUAGUCGAGUCACACUCGGGUCUGGGUCGGGCAACCGGCCAGGUGGAUAUGUUGGGUCAACCAUGAUGGGAACCGUACGGCAUCACUUUUCCCCUCGUCUGGAUUUUGAGGCAACGACGAGCCUUCUGUCCGUUUCCGGCCUCAUUCUGAAGAGCACAUAUCGAACGGACGACUACGUCGUCACAUGCCAGUCUGAAUUGAGCUCUGCUUUCAUCGCCCAACCCUUCAGGCCUAGGAGGGACGGACCGCUGCUGCUACCACCCCUGAGCAUAUCAGUGUUCCGGCGUUUGUUUCCGAAAUCCCCCACGCAGGGUAUGCUGGAAGCUUCUAUCUCCCCUGCAGGCCCCAGAAUUGCCAUCGGUGUGACGUCCUCGGCUUUUCACGACAGUUCGCCUGAUCGAGUAAUCGACGACGAGCCAUCAGACACGGAGUCACCCUUCCGUGCGCCAUCUUCGUCGGGCCUCGCGCUCUAUUCCAGCGACUGGCAAAUCGGCUUCGACCUUGCAGGUCUUGGCUCUGGUUUGAACGGUCGUUGCGGCAUAACAUUGCUGGAACUUGGCGUGACGUUACAGACGGUGCUGCGUCUUGGUUUCGCUGGCUUCACAUGGUUAGCUGGUGGCGACUGGCGCGGUAACAACGCUGCUAUAGGAGUAAACGUCAGUGUCAAUUCUGACGGGGUUGUCGUUCGUGUGGACGCGACGUACCACGGCCAGACUUUAACCCUACCUAUAAUUCUCUCCCACGAACACAACCAGAGCGUGGGCCUCUGGGCCGCCGUACUGCCAUCUACCGUAAUGGCUCUGGUCUAUUACUUCAGGUUACGGCCGCGAUAUCGCAAGCAGAGGCUAACGUAUCUGCAACAAGCGCGCCAACAGCUGCGUGAAGAAAAGUCGGACUUGCUUCGUCAGUGGCAAGAAACAAUACUCCUUCUGCAGGACACUGCGAGUAGGCAUAUGCGCGCCGAGGAAGCAUGUGACGGUUUAGUCAUACUCGACGCGCGCUAUGGUCCAUCAGAGCGGGACGAAGGAAUCGAAGGUCUUCAUGUGGAUGUCACUAUCCCCGUGCGGGCUUUGGUGAAUUCGAGCCAGCUCUACAUCCCCGGGAAACGAAGCAAGGCCGGCAUUCCGGGGUUCUAUGAUCCAGUCGCAGGGGUGCCGAAGACGCUGCGCGUACGCUACAGAUUCCGUGGCCGCGAGCAUUACGCCGAAAUCCCGGAUUCUAUGCCGGUCGUGCUCCCCUUGAAAGAUCACUUGGUGGAAUGAAUCACGAGGGGCGCGGUCUUUUAGGCGGCCCGUGCAGGAUACCCUCGACGUGCCUUCUGCGAUCACUCGCCCACCAUGAGGACCUACACCCUUGCUCAUCCGAUCUUCGUCUUCGCCGUUCACGCCUUUACGACAACGAGCGUGGCUGUUACCAAGACACGCCUCUACUAACACCGUCCCUUGUCACCACUGUCCAUCCAGUUAAUGUAUGAAUGACGGCACCUCCAGCCGUAAUCCGAUCUCCACCGCUCUAUCCAGCCCACUUCCACCGACAUCAAAGACAUCAGCGCGUGAAAGCAUGCGCGCGCCAGUGCAUUGGCAACGGAGGUAUACUACGCAGUGACAUAGUAGCUCACCUUGCCGACCUUCCCAGCUUUCUGUUCAGUUCGGUCCGCCCGGCCAACACAGUGCUGGCGUCUUGUCCUCUGUUGCUCCGCCUUCUACUAGCCGCCAGAGCUUGUCAUCAAAUGCAUUUGAAUGCAUUUGCAUCAGAGUCGGAGUAUACGAAGGCGCCCAAUUCCCAUGCACGCAAGCAUGCCCGGGAGCGCCUACCAUAGCAGUCUUGGAUGUACACUUUGCGUCAUGGCCGGACCUCUCGAAGCGUCACGCAGACAGCCUAGAGGUGCUACGACAGGGCGCAGAACGCUGCAACGCCUGCUUCCCAGCGCCACGAUUGUGAACGUGGGCCCCCCAGAUAACUCUAUGGAGUCGCAUGAGCCGGU